ACAGUCACAGCCUCGCCAAAGCCCACGCCCUUUCGCCAUAUUCCAGGCUGAAUUUCAGCCAAAAACUGACGUGUUCACAUAUCCAACGGCGAGCGAGGGGAAAAAAUUGCUUGCGAUACAAGGAGCCUCAAAUUCUGAGGGGCGUUUCAAUACGAAAUUCUCGUUCAAGUCAAUAUUCCGUAAACCAGGAGAGGAAAUUACUGGACCCGGGCCAUUAGCGUUAACAGGUUACCCUCCAAGCUGCUAGCUGGCUAACUUGUCUCUUUUGUCGUUGCAACUGAUAGCAGCUAGUUUGCUAACUAAAUAGAUUUAUUUUAGAAUUGCCAGGCUCUUUUUGAUGAGUGGCUAGCUAGUUCGCCAUCUAGUGUACCGGUUUAUUUGGAUCUAAUCCGGGAUAUCGCUUUUCGGCUUGUAUGAAAGCGUUAUUUCGUUUACCGAUUUGCUAGUUUAGCGUUUGGUUAUUUAUCCUAGCUAUUCCAGCUUGCUUGGAAACAGUGGAUCCAAACCCCACCGGUCACUGUGGUCUCCGCCUCGAUCUGGGUCGACAUGCUGUGACGAGAAACGCUAGCUUACAGGGCAAAAUUGGUGACGGGUGUCACUAACGUUACACCGCAUCAUCAUCAUUUGAUUGGUCCAGCUCUCUAAAGGCAACUGUUCACCUCUUACCUCCCUCGUUCUCCCUCCUGCCCUCUGUCUCUUUCUUUCUGUCUGUGGUUCCUCCCCUGCCUCCCUGUUUGGAAAGUGAUGGCAGCCAACAAGCCAAAGGGGCAGAACUCCCUAGCCUUGCACAAGGUGAUAAUGGUGGGCAGUGGUGGAGUGGGGAAAUCUGCUCUCACGCUGCAAUUUAUGUAUGAUGAGUUUGUAGAGGACUAUGAACCCACAAAAGCAGAUAGCUACAGGAAGAAAGUGGUUCUGGAUGGCGAGGAGGUCCAAAUAGACAUUCUGGACACAGCCGGACAGGAGGACUAUGCGGCUAUCAGAGAUAAUUACUUCCGCAGUGGAGAGGGAUUCCUCUGUGUGUUCUCCAUUACAGAGCUGGAGUCUUUUGCCGCCACUGCAGACUUCAGGGAGCAGAUCCUCCGAGUGAAGGAGGAUGAGAACGUGCCCUUCCUCCUGGUGGGGAACAAGUCCGACCUGGAGGACCGGAGGCAGGUGUCAACUGAUGAGGCCAAGGUGCGAGCUGACCAGUGGGGUGUAAGCUACGUGGAGACCUCUGCCAAGACUCGCGCCAAUGUGGACAAGGUGUUUUUCGACUUGAUGCGUGAAAUAAGAGCAAGAAAGAUGGAGGACAGCAAAGAAAAGAAUGGCAAAAAGAAGAGGAAGAGCUUGGCAAAGAGAAUUCGAGAGCGAUGCUGCAUUCUAUAAUGACUGGGUGACCUGUGCUUGUAAUGCCAACUUCCCACCACCAGACUCCGCUUUCCCCUGCUCCCCCACAGCCCGUCUGAUUUUCUCACCACCCUUUGACCUGCCAAGGACACCUGUGACAACACCUCCUUUAGGCUGUGGGUGUUGGGAGAACAAGUUUCAUGGUUUCAUGGCAAUUGAUUUUGUCCACAAGAUAUGGGUGGGUUGUGUGAAUCAAAACAAACUGAAUCUUGAGAGAGAGAGAGAAAAAAAUGUGAAGCAUCAUGGAGAGGAAUCAGUGAGAGGCAUAUUAAUCGUUGAAUAUUUUUAACUUACUUUGUGGCUCGGCACAGUCAUGACAAUUUUAUUUUACUUAAGGACUACACUAUAUAUUGUUUUUAUUUGUUUGUUUUUUAACAUAUAACUUAUUAUAUAUUGGCUCCGUAGUUAAAGCAGGUUCAAAUGAAACACUUCAUACUCCCUCUAACUCCGUAAAUCCUUUCCAUGCUCUUGUCACUAUGAGUUGAGGAUUUUGGGUAAAAUAACCAUCUUGCUGCAUUUGCACGGAUUGGGUCUGUAAAUUGCUAACCCAGUUCCAGAAUAUCAUUUUGUUAUUCAAUUGCUGCAUUAACUGUACAGUACGCAAGAUGAUCUACUGCCUCAAUGCACACUCCAAAUAUAAUUAAGCUUUCCCCAUCCCAGAUGUAGGUGUCUUCACACGGAUGUCAUAUGCAACACCUUAUGUAUGUCUUUUCCUGUUUGUUUGGAAGGAGGUUUGACGGCUGCCGUUUGCUUUCAGGUCAUAUUUUCAUUGUACUUUGGACAUGCUGCCUUAAUUUCAGAGUACAUCAGAACAUGGCCCUGACUGACUGAGCCACCCCCGGGUUCCCUCUCCAUGAGUGGGUGACAGGCGUCCACCGAAAGCACACUCCUGUAUUUAAGGUUAAAAAAAGAACAAGUUGAACUUGAAGUCGUCAGGCAUUUCACAACCUUAGAAUGUCAAUGUGAUAUUUUAUUGUUUUACUUUAAACAUUCUCGCAGAUCAUUUCAUUUGUUUCACUGACACAAUGGGUAUUCUGAGGAACGAUAUGUACUGUAGUAGCUAAAUUGUAACAGGACACUGGUUCUUAAGAAACCAAUCUAAAGCCAGGUAGUGAUGGAACACUAUAAAUAUUGCUCACCCAUCUUG